GCCGCCAUCUAUCUUCAACGCGGCCUCACAGCCCUCUCUCGGAUUUGCACUUUCAUCUCUCUUGCCUCGGUUUCCCUCUUCACGUCGAUGUCAGUCUCCACGCUCUAUCCGUCUGUGUUUCCCUAUGUGUAUGAUGGCUCUGCGCAGCCACUAAUGUCCAUGUCGUCCGAGUCGGUUCUUCCCCCGGCGUACGCCGACUCGCAAGCCUCGACCUUCGAGCAAUCGGUCUCUUCGCCUCCGUACAGUCCUCGUCCAUUGCCCCGCCUGCCGACGUCGACGAUCGCUUCUGUGUUGUCACCCGUCCAUACACCCAGGGUCGCGAGCUCGCCCAUCGACCUCACUGUCCUCUUCGACGACAUCCCCGACCCGAUCCUACCGCCAGACGACGUGCGCUCAUUUGUCCCCUCGGAUUCGGACUCAGACUCGGAGUCAGAUAUCACGCUGCAAGACGACCUGCUACUAGAGGUGCGCCCUGUACUACAACUCAGCACCGCGAAGAUCGUCGAUAGCACGCUUUCGCCCGUCGAUCCUGAGUGCCUUCACGGCCUCGACAUGGCUCUCGUAGCCUCUCCCCUUGAUGCGUGGGCCGACGUCUGUUACGCCGACUCAAUUAUCGGGGACGCCACCAGUGAUGAUCACGAAAACGACAUGCCAUAUCACCAACGAUCCGACAGCCGACAUGCUUUCGCAAGCCGUGUAAACUCCCCGCGCGUCGAUGACUCCAUGACCGAGCACGCCUUGCUCCCUCCACGGACGUGCACGCUCAGUCCUACGCCAGUAGACAUGAUCGCCAAACCCAUGUCUCCGCCGCCCGACCUGUCUUCUCCAUCCUCCCCGCCACUCUCGUACUCCCCGCCCCUCUCACGCUCAACACCGACGCUCGCUUCUCCCCGUGCCCGUCGCGCACCAUUCUCCCUCGCGACGAUCCACUCGCAGUCCCCAGUGACAUCUGACGACGACGCGGACGCGGACGACGAGGACGAUGGGGCACACGCUGAUGACGAGGGCGAUGGAGGUCGUGGGCACACGGACGACCCGCACGUCGGGCUACGGGGCUGGGCGCCCCCGCGCGUGUGGGCAGGGUACGAGGUAUGGGUGCCCGUGGCGGACGUCGAGGAAAAAAUCGCCGCACUGCACGUCGAUCUCAAUGUCCGAUCGGAGGAGAUCUUGAAGGGCGACUUCGACUUUGAGAAGACAGCGCUCCCCCACCGCGUACAGUUCAAUAUGCGUCCGACGUCGCCCGUGCCUGGGUACCCCCUCCUGUUCAGCCGCGAGCCGCCGAACCCGGCGGACUCGGUGCAUUUCUUCCCGAAGACGUGUAGGGAGGGCGAGGGCCAGCCGAGGAGGGAGAAGAGCUUGUCGAGCAGGGUCGCGGGGCUCUUUCGGUGAGAAUCCGAGAUGAUCGUCGCUGCGACAUACUGCGCGGACUUG